UAGAACCUGGACAAUAACUAAAAUGCAUCAAUGACCCGGCCCCACUGACUUGCACAAGCAAUUUACGUCUUGACACGACCCGAGAGAGUCCCAAGUGCUCUUCGGGGCCGCAGGCCCCACUAUAACAUCAUGGAGGGGCGCAGGGACCUCAUACAGUUCGCGCUGGGGUGCGCAACGCUUCCAGCGUCUUUGGCGAGCCUUGGGUACCGGUUGUGGAGGCAGCAGGAGUCCGUGUCUACAGCGUUGCAACGUCUUGGGUGGAGCAGUAUUGAACGCAGGCGCGGCCCGGUCAUUUGGUUCCAUGUCCAAGAAGGAGAAGUUACCGCGGCUCUUGCGGUCGUGUAUCGCUGCAUCCAGGAGUACAAUGAGAAGGUCACGCUGUUGCUGACAACUCCUUGCACGCAAGUAUACCGGCAACUGUGCGACGCGCUUCCUCAGCGGGUUGUUGUGCAGCUGGUGCCGCUGCCCAAUCCCAUCACCAUUUCCUCCUUCCUGCGAAAAUGGCAGCCGCAAGUCGGGGUUUUCAUGGAGACGCCGUUCCACAAGGAGCUGGUGGUGCUGGCGAAGCGGGCGGGCGUGACGCUUGCGCUGCUAAACGCGCACAUGCCCGGUGACCAGGUGCUGGCGGUACACGUGGGCCUGGGCAGCAGGCAGGCGCUGCGGCAGGCGCUGCGCUCGUACAGCCUCAUUGUGCCGCGCUCAGACGUGGAUGUGGGCCGCUUCCGCAUCUUCGGAGCCACCCUAGGGCAGAUGCCGGGCUGGUCGUCGGACCUGCAGCAGGCGGCGGAGCUGGGCGGCUGCGUAUCGGCGGUGAUGAGUCCCCGCUGGAGGCUCAGCCGGGCGCUGCACAAGCGCCUUGCGAAGCGGCAGGUGUGGGCCGCGACCAGCACGCUGCCGGCAGAGGACGUGGCGGUGUCGCGCGUGCAUGCCGCGCUGCGGUCCCGGCACCGUGGCCUGCUGACCAUCGUUGCUCCCGGGGAGAACAGCAACAAUGGCGGCAGCAGCGGCUCUGGCGGCGGCGCGGCGGUGCAGCGGUCACACGCGAGCACAGCGGCACGACGCAUCGCGGCCGAGAAGCGGCUGCACGUGGAGCUGCUGAGUGCGGUGGCCGCAAACCCGGACCGCCUUACGCCGGACGUGGACGUGCUGGUGCUGGACGACCCGGAGGCGCUGGCGGCACUGCUGUCGCUGUGCGAGGUGGCGUUGGUUGGCGGCUCCCUCGUGCCCUCCGUCGACGGCGCCACCGGGCCUGCAGCUGCCACCGUCGCGGUGGCCGGCUGCGCGGUGCUGAUGGGCCCCUACGGCGGCGCGCAGCUGGCGCUGGCGUCGGAGCUGAACCACGCAGCCAUGGUGGCGUCGGAGGAGGCGGCGGCGGCCGUGGCAUGCACCGGUGCCGCGGCGGCGCGCGGCGCGGCAGCUGGCAGCAUGGACACACCGCGUGAGGGCGCGGGCACGCAUGGGGCUGCUGGUGGAGCGGGCGGUGGCCCGGAGCAGGGGACGCCUGUGCAGGGCGGCUGGGGCGCCAUGAUUGCGGAGGCGCAGCGGCCGGGUGCAUCCUUGAGGCCCAUGACCGCGCCGCCCACGAUUCCGGAGACCUUCAACCUGCGCCCCGCCACGCCCGGUUCUCUGUCGUCCGUCGACCCCACCUACGGCGCCAUGUACUACAGCGGUACGCCGUACGGUAGCAGCGGCGGCGCGCGGCCUGGCACCAGCGGCAGUGGCGCGCCCGGCACCGCUGGCGCCUCGGAGCGGCUUGUGCUGUGGCAGGAGACCAGCGCUCGUAGCGUGGGGUCCAUGGGCUCGGGCAGCUACGGUUACCACCACGGCGCCAGCGGCGGCGGCGCCGCCACGCCGUCGGGCAGUGUCGGCGGCACGCCGGCGCUUGCCGGCAGCGGUGGCAGCCGGACCCGGGGGAGCCGCACACGCAGCCGCACGGUGGACAGGUUCCGCUGGUCGACAGCCGCGGCGCAGAACAGCGGGUUUGGCUACUCGUGGGACAGCGAGGAGGAGGCAGAAGAGGAUGAGGAGGAGGGGGGCCCGCGUGAUGAGGAUCGCCUUCCAUCUUCAGACUCUCAAACGGCUUUGGAUGCCAAGCCCUCUGCCGGAGAUCCGCCCGCGCACAUGUCAGCGCCGGGCAGCCCCGACGAGAACCGCAUGGCAGACCAGGGCGCAGGGGCCCUCAACGGCUCCGCCGCCCCCGGUGGGCGCCCCAGCAGCACCGCCGUCGCUUCUUCCGGCAGAUUCCCGGCCCCCGCCACCACCACUACCUCCCGGUUCCUUCCCCACGACGACGGCUGUCGCGCCGGCGCGGCGUCGGCCUGCGGCGUCUCGGCCGCCGUCAGCCCCGCGCGCUCAACCGACCUGCUGGUUGUGCCGGCCAUUACGUCUCCGUCACAGGUGUCACAGGCGUCGCUGGCGCGCGUGGCGGCCGCGGUCUACGCAAACACUACCUCGUCCUGGUCUCGCGCCUCCAGUGAGCACGCCUUCGAUGCCGAGGAGCACGCCGCCGCCAUACCUGCUUGCAGUAGCGGCGCUGCUGCUGUGCUCGGUUCCGGCGCCGCGGCGGAUAACGCCGCGCAGUCGGAGUGCAGCGACGAUGAGUUUGUUGAUGCCGAGUCUGAUGACCUGGAGGCGGUUCAGCGGCCCACGCAGCAAGAGCCUGAGGACGAGGCCGAGCAGGAGUCCGAGCAGAACCCCCAGCAGAAGCCGGAGGAGGAGCCUGAGCAGGAGGCUGAGCAGGAGGCUGAGCAGGAGGCUGAGCAUGAGGCCAAGCAGGAGCCGGAGCAGGAGGCGGAGCCUGAUAUGGCCGUGAUGCCUCUUGCAGGGCUAAGCCCGAUGGGGAGAGUGCAGCCUGUGGUAGCUUCAGUGCAGUGCCCUGCAGCCUCUGAGGAGGCAAGGGACGAGGGGCAAGAAGUUGCACCAGGGGUGGCGCGGGCCGCUGCACAUCAGCAGCCCGAGGUGCAGCAGGAGCAAGAGGCAGGCGAGGAGCAGCAGCAGCCGGAGGAGGGGAAGCAGCCGGAGGAGGACCGGCACCAGCGCGAACAAGAGCACCAGCAGGACAAGGCGGAGGAGCUAGAGCCCAACGAGGCUGCUGAGCGGCAGCAGGCAGCAGCGCCUCCUGCCGCCGCAGAGGUUUCUGCAGCCGCCUCCGCCAAGGCAGCGUCGCCCGCUGCCCGUCUCGCCACCAGGGCCAAGCGGCGGUUGAAUGCAUGUGGAGGCCGCAGCCCGGGGCGCGCACCUGCUGCUACUGCCACUACUCCUGCCCUCCAGACGGACACUCUGGACGCCGACGACGAGAGCUCGCCGCCCUCGACCGCAACGUCGGAGGCCGCCACUGUGGCGGGUGCUGCUGCCGGCGCUCUGACGGCUGCAGACGCCGCCGUGCCGUCUGCGGCGAGCGUGGUCAUCAGCCUUGCGGCCGCGCCGUUCAUUGCGUCGGCGAUCGUCGCUCUGCCGUCGGCCGCAGCCACAGUGCCCGUAGCCUCUCCUUUCAGCGCUGGUCUGGAUUCGCUGCCGGAGCAGGUCGCAGCCGUGUUCACCCAGCCGCCGCCUCAGCCGCCGCGCGCAGCCAGCGCGGUCGUGACGCGGACGGUGCUGGACACCCGCCGCCGAUCCCUGGGCAGCAGCGAGUACAGCGCCAACAGCGCGCGUUCCGGCUCCGGCGGCGUGCGGCUGCACCAGCUCUACCACCUCCCCGCUGCCGGCGCCGUGCCACACAGCGGCGCGCACAGCCUGCCCAUGCUGAACGCGGCGGUGCGGGGCGCGCAGAGCGCCAAUGGCGGCGUGCAGAACGUGCCUUCGGAGGACACUGCCGGCGAGGAGCCGUGGGCGAGUGACAUGUCGCUGGCGGCGAUGCUGCGCGGCGACAGCUCAACGUCGGCGGAGGUGACGGUGGCGGUGCCGUCGCUGCCCAGCAGCGCCACCGCCGUGUCGCGCGAGCCGUCGUGCAACUGGGGCGCCCCGGCGCUGCUAUCAGAGAGCCCGCCUCUCAGCCGCGCCUCGUUCGAGCACUACCUCCGCACCAUGCAGCAGCAGCAGCAGCAGUCCUUGGGCAGCCCGUCGCCGCAGCCGCAGCCCGGCAGCCGCUUCAGCCAGCGGGUCGCGCGGUCCGCCUCCGGCGCGGGAGCGCUCGGAAGCUCCAGUGCCAGCUGCCUAGACAUUGGCUGCGCACCUGCGGCGGCCGCCGCGCCGGCGCAGUCUAUGGUGGCUGAGACGCAGCCUGCGGCCGCGCCUGCAGCCGGCGCCACGGUGCCCAGCGCAGCAGCUCAGGCGGAGGCCGCGGGCUCUGCCAGCGCCGUUGCGGCGGCGUCCCCUGCUGCGCCAAGCACCUCUGCGCCCACCAUCGCCACUGAGCCCGCCCCAGCGCCCGCCCCUGAGGCGGCGGAUGAGGCCGUUGAGCAGUCGGGCUCGGACGGCGAGCGCCGUCGCCACAGCACCGACGACAUGUUGAUGGAGUCGGCCGAGCUGCCGCCUCUGCCCAGCAUCGGCAGCAGGCAGUGGCGGCAGCGUGAUCUGGGUGAACGACCGCUGACCAUAUUCCGUUUCUCCAGCUCUGGUCGCACGACCACGAUGGUGGGGUCGGCUUCGGCCGCCGCCGCUGCGGCCGAGGCCGCCGCGUCAGCCGCGUCAGCCGCCGCCGCCGCCUUCAAUGCGUCGCUGCCGGCUGGCAACCAGGGCAAGGAAGAGCAGGCACGCGCGUCAACAGGCGUGCAGGUUGGCGCCGGCGAGGAGGCGGCAGGUGCCGCCGCCACCACCCUUGCCGCUUCACCCACGGGCGCUGGCGCCGGGGAGGUCACAGCGUCCGUGAUGCUCGAGGAGGCGAGCGCCUCCCCCGUCACCACAGGCACCUCCGCCGCCGACUUCGAGUUCCCGGAGGGUGCCCGCCCUACUGACGAGUCCUCCGCCGGCUCACCCACGCUCAUCACGCCGCCCUCCGGCCUAGGCUCGGCGCGCGGCAGCGUCACCGCUCUGCACGCCCUGGACCCCGGCGCCGUUGUGGCCGCCGCCGCUGCCGCCGCCAAUGCCUCCGGCCUCAGCCUGCCCGGCCUAAGCCUACCCGGGCUGCAGACCGGCUCCCUGGGCCUCGGCACGCCGCUGUCGAUUGCAGCCAUCAACGCUGGUGCCGGCACUGGCGCGGGCCUCGGGGCAGCGGUGAUGGGCCCCACCUCCACCAGCAGCGUCGCCAGCACGGCGUCCAUCGGACUGUCCGCUGGUGCCUUCACCGGCAGCACCACUCGCUGGUCCGGCCACCAGAACGCCUCGAGUGAGUCGGCGGGUCUAGUGGGGCCUGUAGCAGUGGGCGCUGGCGCGCCGCCGGCCUCUUUGGGCAGUUGGCCCAGCCCCGGCGGCUGCACCAGCGGCAGCCGGAGCGGCCGCGUGUCACAGGACAGCGCAGCAUCCUGCUCCUCGGCCGUCGCCCCGUCCUACACCUACGCCGCCGCCGUCGCUGCCGGCGCCACGGCAACAGGCGCUGUCGCCACGGGCAGGAGCGCUGCCGCUCCCACCGCUGAGGGCGCCGGUGAGACCCGCGAUCGUGAGCAGUCUGUGUUCAGCAAGUGGCUCUACGGCGGAGGCCCCGUGCCGCUGCGGCAGCUGGGUGGCGGGCUCGCCGUGAGCACCGAGGAGCUCGGCAGCGGCGAUGCUGGCAGCAGUCUCAUCGCCGGCGGCGCUUGCAGCGGCCUGCUGCCGCCCUCCCCAGCCGGCUCGGCGCCGGCGCCAGCCUGCGAGGGCAGCAUCGCCUCCGGCUCUGGCGGCGCCAGGGGCCGACAGGGCCUGCUCGGUGGUAGCAGCGACGACGACGAGUGGGAGCACCCGGAGAACGACACCGAGAGCCCGGGUGCCGCCUCAUCCGUCGCCGCAGCUGCCACCCUUACUGGCGGCCCCAGCGGCGCCGGCAGCGGCAGCAGCACCGCCACCGCCACGGCCGCCGCUGACACUGCCUUCGGCAGCUACCAACCCGCCGCCUCUGCUGUGGACGCGGUGCAUGCAGCCAUCGCGGCGGCGGCGGCUUCCAACACUCGCGCGCGCGGCUCCGCUGUGCGUCCCGGCUUUCACCAGGUCGCCAGCAUGAGCAGCUGGCUGGACCACAUCGGGCACCUGGUGGCGGCACCGUCACCGGAGCUGCAGCGCACCGCCGCGCAGCACGACCCGCUCGCCUGGUUCCCCCCCGAGCAUGCCGCCCCGGUGGACAGCGCCGGCGGCUCGGACGGCGGCACUGGCAGCGACCGCCCCCGCGCUCGCGCCGCCGGCGGCGUCGGCAGCGGCGGCCGCCGCCGCGGCUCCAUGCUGGAGGGCGUGGCGCCGGGCCUGCGCGCGCCCAUGCAUUCGCCGGAGCGGCCGGACGAGGGCUUGGUGAUGCCGCUCGGGGCUCUGGCAGCAGUGCGCACACAGUUGUUCCCCGCGCCGCCAGCAGGAGCUGGCGAGAACGAUCAGGAGCCCCAAGGCGGCGCCUCGCAGCGCCGUGGCUCGCUCUGCUUUGGCAUGGCCGUGUCCCCGUCGCGACAGGUUGCCUCUGCCUCGGUGCCGUCGGCUUUCACCCCCGGAGGCAGGCCGUUGUUUGCGGCGGGAGGCCAGCCCAAUCUCGGCACCUCGCUGCCGCAGCUGCCGCAGCUGCCGGCGCUCCCUGCGCUGGGCUUUGUUGUGGCGGGCACGUCGGAGCCGGUGGCCGGCGGUCGCCCGAACCACAACUCCCCGCACCGCAUGACGGCCUGGCUGAACUCCGCCGAUCCCGCCUUCGCCGCAGCCCCCGCAUCGCCGCCCUCGCCCCAGCACCUGAGUGGCAGCGGGCGUUCGCUGCCUGGGGCCAGCAGCCCAGUGCCUCCGCCGCCGCGCUGCUCCACGGACGCGCUGACGGCGCUGCUGUCCUCGCCGCGCUCGCCCGUGUCGCCUGUGCGCGUCGCACGCGGCGGUGCACCUGGAGCACAGCCCGACCGCCGCGCGCUGGCCAACGCCGUGCUUCUAGCCCGCGCCGCCGCCGUGCAUGCGGCCUGCGCCUCCCAGGGCAGCGUGCCGGGCUGCCCUGCUGGCGAGGCCGGUGUCGCGGCCCCGGGCUCGCCGGCCGUGGCGUGGCCGCUGCCUGUGCAGCCGCAGCAAAUCAACACGCCGCGCCGGCAACUGCAGCGGAACGUCUCGGCGCCAGUGCAGCGCUCCUUGGGCUCGCCGCCGCUGUCGCCACGCGCGGCUCCCGCACCGCUUGUGCCGCCGAUGUCGCCGCGGCGCGCGGCGCCUGCGGCAGCGGCGUCCGCGUCCGCGUUUUCCUCCGCGGUGGCGGCGGCGCUUGCUGCCGCGAGUGGCACCACAGCUGACGCGGCAGGCGACCAGCGCGCCUCGGCGCCACAGCUAGGCUGGGCUGGCCUACGGCAGGAGCAGCAGCAGCAGCUGCCGCAGCCGCAGCCCCACCAGCUGCGGACGCGGCCGUUGCCGCCGCCGCCCACGGCCUGGCCGUUUACCACGCUGCCGCCUGGCCGUCGCUCCGAGAACGGUCUGGGCUCCAUCCCGGGCUGGGACACGCUGGAGACGCUUGUGUCGCACCCCAUGCAUAACCGCUGCAGCGCCAACGGCAUGCUGGAGACGGCGGCCUUCGUGGGCGGCUUCUUCCCCGCGCCCUCCCCCUCCCGCGCCCCUGCGCCGGCCGCGCCCUCCGCGCUGCCCGUGCCGCCGCUGCGCGCCAUCGCCGCCGCCAUCGCCCCGGUCCCGGCGGCUGUCGCUAUCGCCGCCGACCAGGCCGCUGACGGUGCCAGCAGCAGCGGCUCCUGCCCCGCCAGCCCCACCGCGCGCGCCGACAUUGUCAACGCCGCCUCUUCGCCUUUCCGCAACUCACCCAUGGUGCCCGCGCCGCGCCAGCACCCGCUGUCGCCGGCAGCGGACUUCCGCACGGGCGUGCCGCACACCGGCCCCCGCAGCUUCGAGGAGGCGUUCGACGCUGCGGUGCGUGCCGGGCCAGCGCCAUCGCCGGCACGCCCCACCGCCUCGCGCCCGGCCUCACCGCUGGUGGCGUCCGUGGCCGCGUACUCCGUCGUGGGCGCCGCGAUGCCCUCCGCCGCGGGCAGCGCCGCGAGCGCCUGCAGCGCGGCACCGCCUUUGCGCUACAGCCUGUCCAGCGCGCGUACGCUCUUCCCGGUUGCGGGCGUAGGCGCUGGCGCCGCUCCGGGUCAGCACGGUGCGGCCGCCACGGCCGUGGGCAUGGGGCGCAGCCUGUUUAUGGAGGAGGAAGAGGAGGAGGCGAUGGCGGCGGCUGCGGCUGCGGCGGCAGAGGGCCAGGCGCUGGGUGGUGUCGAGGAGCCGAUGCCCCUGUCUCCGCGCGCCAACAGCAUCAACAUCGUGUUCAGCCCGCAUGUGUCGCCUAUCAGCAAGCCGCCACACGCCGUCUACACCCUCUACGGAGCCGGCGGCGCCGCCGAAGCCUCGCGCCGCUACUCGCCCUCGCACGCGCCGACGACCGCGGCGCUGCCGCUCCCAGUGGCCGUGAUGGGCGCCGCUGGCUACGGCGUUGCCGGCGCCAGCGCCAGUGCUGCCACCGCGUCUGCCUGCGCCGCUCCUGCUGCCGGCUCCCACCACAACCACCGGCUUUCGCACGGCAGCGGCGGCAGCUUCACGUCCAUCAGCACCAGCGCCAGCGCUUUCGCAGCCGUGGCCUUCGCUGACGACUUCGACAAAGAGAACCUGAUCCCCUCCGACUUUCGCCUGCCGGCCGCCGGCGCAGGUGCCGGCGCCGGCACCAGCGCCAGCUCCGCAGGAGGCGCCGCAGACAACGACGGCGAGCCGCCCUCGCCCACCUCGCGUGCCGCCCUCGCCGCCGCAAGCUCCUACUUCGGCGCCGCUAGCCCCGCACGGGCGCCGCCAACUGCCAUGCCAACGAUGCUUCCGAUGGCGCUGCCGCAGCUGCAGCUGCCGCUGGUUCCGCAGCUCAGCUCCGCGCCCACGUUCGGCCCCUCGGUGCCCGCUCUUUUCUCGCCGGGCCGAUCGCCAGGCCGAUCGCCGGGCCGCGGCAGCCUCCGGGACCUGGACCGGGCCGCGGCCGCCGCCUCGCAGCAUGAGGUGUACGUGGACACGGACGGCGAGGAGGACGAGGUGCUGGCCAACCAGCGCAUGCGCUCCGCGCGGCAGAGCGCCGCCAGCGCCAGCGUUGCCCCCAGCCCCGCGCGCAGCGCCGUCUCGGACGCCGGCGGCGCCGCUGGCGCCACCGUGGAUGACACCCUCAGUGCCAGCGACAAUGCCAGUGGCGGCGACGCCGAGAUGACCGACAGCGGCAGCCCCUCACCGCGCCUGGCGUUCCCGGGCUCGGCGCAGGUCGACUCUGAGUCGAGGCUGCCUCGCAUCACGCUGUCGGGCGGCCCCGGUGGACCCGUCAUCACCGCCCGCAGCAACUCGCCCGCGCUUGAUCGGCUGCAGGAGCAGCACAGCGACGGCGCCUCCUGCUCCGCCUCCUCCUCCACGGCCUCGCCCUCGUCGGGCCGCGUCGGGGGCCUGCUGGCGCGGCCGCUGUCGGCGCCGGGGCACUCUGUGGCGCGCGCGCUGGUGCGCAGCCUCACCGCGGCGGCCGCCGCCGGCGGCUUCGGCUCCUUUGGAGCCGGCAGCGACCAUGACGCCGACAGCGCCACCGGCGGCAGCGGCUCUGGCGAGUCGGCCGGCGCGUCGAUCGGCCCCAGCCGCUUCGCGCCCGGCAGCAGCCUGGCCUCCAGCCUAGGCCUGCCGCCCAGCCCUCUGCGCGACGGCAGCGGCUGCUACAACGCCGCCGCCGCCAGUGCCUUUGGCAGCACCCGCAGCGCCCUUAGCGGCCACGGCCACAGUCACGGCCACGGCGGCCAGAAGGCCACCACCUACUCGGGCGCGGAGCCGUCCGCCGCCGACGCCAUGGGCGCCAGCUCGGUGUCCUUCCCCAGCGGCGCCACCAGCUUCGUCGCUGAGAACCGCUUCAGCUCGCCGCCGCGCUCGCCCGCCGACCGCACCACCUGCCCGCGUAGCGCCUGCCCCAGCGCCUCGCCCGUCAAGCCGCCGCUGCACGCCUCCCGCUCCUCGCCCUGCCUGGACUCGCUGGACGACUAUUGCGUAGGCGCAGCAGCUUCUGGAGCAGCUGAGGGCAGCGGCGGCAGUGCCGGCGGGGCGCCGGCCACGGCCGCCUGGCCCGCCGCACGGGCGUCCAUGCCGCAGCUGCCCCUCAUGCCCACGCUGUCACCUCGGCGCAGCCCCCGCGCCGCCUCCUCCUCCUCCUCCCUGGCCGCGGCCUCGCCGCUGCCGCCGGCGCCCCCCUCCCCGCGCUUCGGCGCGGCAGCGUCGCAGCCGCCGUCAUCACCGCGCACGCGCAACAGCAGCGCCACCGGCAUGGGGCCUGCGCCGCGCUCGCCGUCGUCUGCCUACGUGUCCACCUGCGCCGCCGACCCGCGUGCCAGCCCCAUCAAGAUGCCCAUCAUGCUCGAGCGCGGCAGCUUCAUCUCCGGCGGCCUGGGCGCCCUGGGCGCGCUGCCGGCGCCCGCCUCGCCCCGCGUCGGCGCCUACGUGGCCGGUGGCCUGCCUGGCCUGCAGGCGGCGCUGACGGCCGCCGUAGGCCUGGCCGCGACGCAGCCCAACUCGCCCACCCGGGCGGUGGCCAGCCCCGUGCCCUCGCCGCGCCCCGCGGGCGCGCCAGGUAACGUGCCGGCGCGCUCGGCGGCAGCAGCGGUCGCGGACGAUGGCUGCGGCAGCCCCGCCUCCACGGGUUUGGGCUUCUACGGCGUGCCGCUUGUGCGCACGCAGCCCAACACCGCCCACAACACGCCUCAGCGCCGCGCUGUCAACGCCGCCGCGGCGGCAGCCGCCCAGGCGCUGAUGCCGCCGCCCUCGCCCAGAGCCGCCAGCACCCGCGCCAGCGCGCCCCAGCUGGGGCCCACGGCGGCUGCGAUGCUGGCAAUGGCGGAGGCUGGCGCGGCGGGCUAUUCCCGCCACGGCCGCAGCCACACCGGUGGCAGUGAUGACGUGUUCGGACACGCGCUGCCGCCCACGCCGCGCUCAGCGCGGCCCAACGGCGCCGUGUGCCCCUUCAGCGCGGAGGUCCCCGCCGCCCUGCUUCCCAACCUGCCCACCCUGCCGACGCACGACGGCAGCAACGCCGUCACGCACGGGGCUGCCGCCAGGCACGGGGCCGCCGGCGCAGCUGCUAGCAGCGGCCGCGGCAUGAGUGUCGCGGAGGAGAGCGACGCCUUUAUGGCCGUGCUGGAGGAGCACCUGCAUGCUAAGCGUGCUAAGCAGCAGGCCGCCGCCGACCGCGCCCGCGCCGAGGGCCGCAGCGUCGCCGGCAGCGCCGCCGGCACGCCGCGCUCCGCCCGCUCCCUGUUCGCCACCGACGGCAGGAUGGGCGGCGCGGCAGCGGCAGCGGCGGCGAUCGCGGCGGCAGCUGCCAGUGCCGCCGCGAGCCCGUUCGGCUACCAGCUCGACGGCGAUGCGGCUUCCUCCUCGAGGCAGGAGGCUGGCUCCACACCGUCGGGCCGGCAGCACGGCGGCGCGCAGCUGUUUGCGCUGGACGGCGCCGCCUCGGUGGGCGCUGGCGCGGGCGUGGACGGCGCGCACGACGACGAGUCGUGGCAGGUGCAGCAAGCGCGCUACAUGCGCACCGCCGGCAGCGGCCUGUCCACCCCUAACUCCGCACGCGUGCUGUUCCCCGCGGCCGACGGCGGUGCGGGCGGCUUCGGCGGCGCCCCGGUGUCCUCGCCCGGCGUCGGCAGCGUCUCGCGCAAGCUGUUUGUGACGGAGUCAGCCGCGGCCUCGGCAAGCGCGGCGGAGCUGGCGGCGGCGUCCGCGGCGGCGGCAGCCAGUGCCGCGCUGGCGGGCUGCAGCACUCCGCGGCGGGGCCCUGCGGCCGCGUCGGCAGAGGCGGCGGCGGGCGGCGUUGACCCGCUGGCGGCGGUGCUGUCGGGCAUGCGCGUGCAGGUGGCGUCGCCCGUGCCGCCGCAGCCGCGCACGUUGCAGUUGCAGCACCUACAGGCGAUGCCUGUGCACCAGGCGCCACAGCAGCAGCCGGCGUCGCCUCGCGUGGCGUUGACCUCCUCGGUGCCGUCGCACAUCGUCGGUGCUGCUGGCUUGACCAGCGGCAACGUCAACGCCAGCGGCAGUGGAGUCAGCAUCGGCGCCAGCAGCAGCAGCAGCAGCAGCAGCUCGCCGUCGCAACGCCGCGCCGCGGGCCGCUCCCUGUCAAGCCCGCUGCUGCAGACCGCGCUGCUGCAGCAGGCGCGCAAGACGUCCUCCACCGGCAUGGCUCACCCGCCGCCGCAGCCCCAGCAGCCGCCACUGCCACAGCAGCCGCCACUGCUGCUGCUGCUGCAGCAAGCGCAGCACAGCCUCCCGCCGGCAGUGCCAGCCUCGCCGCGCGCGCCGCAGCCACAGCAGCAACACGCUGGCUCGCCGCACCGCUCGCCGGCUGCUCAGCCGCCGCCGCAUGUCGCCGACCCCGCGCGCGCCUCGCUGACUAUCAUCUCCCCGGUGGAGCCGCUGUCCGACUCGCCGCCGUUGGCGCGGCUGCCGCCCGUUGCUGCGCUGCCGACGCUGCCGAUCCUGCCGGUGCUGCCGGCGCUGGCGCCGCUGCCGCCUGCCUCGCCGAGGUGCGCCACCAUCCCGCCGCCGGCGUCGCACUCGGCGCCGCGGCCGUCGGUGAGCAUCAUUUCGCCGGUCGCGCCUGCCGAAGAGGCUGCCGCCAAUGUCAUCGCGGCCGCCAUCAACGGCAACCGCACGCGCGUCAGCGGCUCCAUCCCGCCGCUGCCCCUGCUGCCACCCCUGCCGCCGUUGCCGCCCUCGUCGCGCGCCUCGAACACGGGCGGCGCGCCUCUCCCCGUGGCUGCAGAAGCCGCUGCUCCCGCGGCUGCUGCCCUUGCAGCUUCCGUGCGUGCCUCGGAGAAUGCCGCGUGCGACAGCCCCCGCCGCGCGGCCGGCCGCAGCGCCAGCUGCACCAGCAUCUUCGGUGGCGCUCUGCUUGGCGGCGUGACACCCAUUGCCGCCCCGGCGCCUGGUGCUGCCACCCACCUGAUGACCACCACCGCCGGCACUGUCCCCGCCUCCGCCAAAAGCAGUGUGUACAGCACCCCACAGCGCGCCGCCGCCCCCGCUGCAGCCGCAGCCGGCCAGGAGCCGCUAAGCCCUGGCGCGCCGCAUUCGGUGCGGCGGCGGCUGUUCCGCCCAAGCGCGCCGCAGCUUGCGCUGCUUGGCGGUGCCGAGCCCAACGCGGCGCAGCCCAGCAGCCCGCUGCUGCCGGUGCCCGGCAGCGUGCCCCUGCCUGGAAUGCCGUGUGCAGCGGCGCAGACGGCGGCGGUGGCGGCGGUGGCGUCACUGGAGCGGCAAUUCGAGGUGGCAGAGGUGCUGCUGGGCGAGCUGCCGCUGGAGACGCGCGUGCUAACGCCGACAGCCGUGCCCGACGUCGCUGCUGCUGCCGCCGUCGCACCCGAGGCUGUUGUGGCUGCCGCGGUCGGCGGCUUCUUCUCUGCAGCCGCAGCUGCUCACAGCCCGCGCGUGAGCUUGCCCGCAACACAGCUGCCUCAGCCGCUGGUGGCGGCGGCGCCCGCCAUGCCCGCUAUGCUCGGCUCGUUCGAGCAGCGCCCCGGCACUGCGCCGCCGAACAUGCACGCAUCGGCGGCGCCGCUGUCGCCGCGCGCGGCGUCGCAGCACCACCAACACAACCACGAUGCUGCCCGCUUCGCAGCUGGCAGCAGCAACAGCCAGGCGUCGAGUAUUGGCACUGGCGCGGGCAGCUUUGGCGGCGCCGCUGGUGCUGCUUCCAGCGGCUUUGGGCAGCAUACGCACGUCGGCAGUCGCUUCGGCAGCGGCAGCACUGCCCCCGGCGGCAGCAAGCCCGGCUCGGGUGCUGCCGCUACUUCGGCCGCUGCAGCCGGCGCGGGCGACCCGGAUCAGGGCCAACAGCGUCUGGGCUCUCACAACAGCGCUGGGCCGGCUUCCGCAGCGGCCGCAGCAGCCACCGCCGCAGCCAGCAGGGCUCUAGACAUGGGGCCCAAGAAGCAGUCCUCGGCGCCUCCGCCCGCCAGCCGCCAGCAGGCGGCGCACGGCUCCUUUGGGGCGCACAGCGCUACGUCUCAGCAGCCGGCAGGCGCUGCGUACAACGGUGCCGGUGGCGCCGGCGCAGCCGAGGCCGCGUCGCCAUGCAUCGGCCUGGCGGGCGGCGCCGGCCGCGGCCGGGCCAUGGGCAGCAACGCCAGCAGCGCCGCCUGCUCGCCUGCGGGCGGCGACAUGAGCAGCGGCGGUGCGCCGCCGGGUCUGGAGCGCGUCACGCAGCCCGGCAUGAGGUAUGCGGACCAGUACCUUAUCCCCGCCUGCCAGCUGCCGUGCGGCCCGCGCGCCGGCCCGGCGGUGUGGGUGGUGGGCUGCGAGGACGAGCUGGUGGCGGCGCUGAGCCAGCUGCUGAGGGACCCGCUGGAGAGGCGCUCACGAGGCCGGGCCGCAGCGCAGGGUGCGGCCAAGCUGGCGUCCAACCUGGUGGGCACGGUGUGGGCGGUGCUGGAUGAUAUGGCCAUCACACCCGCCCUGCACAACUACUGCACCGGUGGGGCCGACGCCGACGCCGCCGAGUAAGGAGAGGUCCGAGGAGUUCCUGCUGCACGCCGUAAUUUGCGGGCGCUGGGCGUCAAUGGCGACACCCGGUGGCUGAUUGAUUGAAGAGUAUUUACGUCACCGGAACUCGGAACCACCACGGAGCAUGUAAUUUAGUACUAGUUCUUUUCUGUUUGCGCUCGGCGAACGCCGAGGGGGGCAAGUGAGACGUAUUGCCUGGCUAAGAAAGCGCUUGGUAGACCUGUGCCUCGCCCUUCUGCAAGCGCGCCGGCGGGCAUUGCUGCAGAGACGCCCUCGCAGCUAAGACAUCCAAGCGCUGCAAUCUAUUAUUCUUAGGACAUUGGGUAGUGGUUGAGAUUGAGCCAUUGGCACGUGGUACCGGUAGGACACUGCAUUGUCACCAUCAGCCACACCUCCUUGUGGUGAUUCAGGCCGUAUUGAGGCAUAGAUUCUAGGCCUGCAGAGUGUGCGGGUCAUUAGUCAUGAAUGCAUGCGACUUGCACCCACCACCGCCCUGGAAAAAAAGAAGACCGCACCAAUCCUUUCUGGUGACGUAAGGAGUAAGGCCCGCAGGCUUUUUAGCCUCACUGCGGUAUUCAUUGGCGGACAAUUAGCGGUUGGUACUGGAGAUGGCGAUCAUGUGUUAGGGGCCACAGCGAAUGCUGGUUGGCGGAACGCGCGCCGCAGGACUUUCGUGUUUGUCGUUGCAUGCGUAAUGAGAUCUACACAGACGUCUAACCUCCGCUCAGGACUGCUGCUCUGGUGUGUGCAGUGCUUGCGGCUGGCUGCAUGGGGUGAGUGGCAGGGUGGAAAGUUAGAGUGGGUGUGUAAUGGCCCCUGGCUGCGAAUCAGAGACACCAGCAGGCAUUACUACUUCCUAAUACGGUACUUAAUGGUCGAGGCUGCGGACCAGACGCCGAGACGAAGGGCGGACGCGGUCCCGAAGUACAGGGCAUGCGCGUCAGGAAGUAUGAGCUGGUUGUACAGAGUUGUUAUUUAUUGAUUUCGAGGGGGUGAAAGCACCGGCAUGCGGCACAACCAAGAAUGCGCGGCUGUCGUUGCUUGCGGCUAGGCACGCGCUGCCUAUUUUGGUGUCCCGUGUGGCCAGGGCUUGGACUUUCAGCCCCUGUGCAGGACUAGCAGUUCAUUAUAUAAGUGUGGGCCCCUGCGACAGGGUACGACGGCGUCGAAAGGGAUCCGCGGUGUGCUGGAUGGGCAUCGAGAAGCAUACGGUAUGGAGCCCCUGGAAUCCAUGCUGCAGGUUCGCAGCAGAAUGGAUGGAACGGAAAUAAGGUCUUUUGGGUGCUCUGGGCUAAUGACAGCGUAAUUGAUGCGCAGCAGGAGGACGGGCGCAGGAUUUGCAGGUUCUUGGGCAAAGAAUUGGACGUUGAGAGGGGCAACCAGUCAUUAUCCCCUGUGAAGGAUGAUGCAAGUUGGUGCAGUUUCAUCCGCAGUUCUGCAUGCAAAGCGUGUUCGUCGAGGUUGUUGGCCGUCAGAUGUUGGUGCAUUCAAAGCUGCCCGGUCGUGCCCGGCUAAGCUGUAGGCGGGCUGCUGGUUUGGCUCGCGCAUAUCGGUGUCAUGAAUCCGUUACUGGAGAACAUAUGCGAGCAGGCAUGUAAAUCCCACACUGU